UACCUACGGAUAGCACUUGGAAAACUUGGGAUGAGGUCGCAAGCGGCCAUGGUAUAUAGUGGUUUCGUCCAAACGCGUUUUUCAACGUCAUGUCAUUAAGAAACCCCUCUCACCAUCACAAUUGAAUCUAAUAGCUUCACUAUCAUCUACAUCUCAAUCAAUCCUAUACACCAUACUCACAUCUCACACAAUGGGCUUCUUCGUUUACAGUCAGCUCUUCAAGUCCCUGGCGUAUCCCACCGGCUCAUAUGCAGGCAAGACCAUCAUCGUUACCGGCAGCAAUGUGGGUCUCGGCAAGGAAGCCGCCCGGCACUACGCCCGUCUGGGGGCCAGCAAGUUGAUCAUCGCCGUCCGAAGUCUCGACAAGGGCCGGGCUGCCAAGCAGGACAUCGAGGCCACCACGGGCUGCGGCAAGGAUGUCAUUGAGGUCUGGCAGCUCGACAUGUCCAGCUACGCCAACGUCCAAAAGUUUGCGGAGCGCGUCAAGUCCGAGCUGGAGCGCGUCGACAUCUUCAUCGCCAACGCUGGCGUGGCACACAGCAAGUUCCAGGAGAUGGAAGGGGAGGAGGGCACCAUCACCGUCAACGUCGUCUCCACAUUCCUGCUCACUGCCCUCGUCUUGCCCAAGCUCAAGGAGACCGCUUCCAAGUUCAGCACGAGACCUACAUUCACAAUCACCGCCUCCGAGGUGCACGCCUGGACCAAUUUUGACGAGCGCACCGCCCCCGACGGCGAGAUUUACAACACCAUUUCCGAAAACGCAAAGGCCUCAGCCGAUGCCGUGAGCAAGCUGUACCCCCUCUCAAAGCUGCUCGAGGUCCUCGGCGUCAGGACCAUCGCCGAGAUGCACCCAGCCUCGGAGUAUCCCGUCACCGUCAACUGCGUCAACCCGGGUCUCUGCCACUCGGAGUUGGGACGCGACGCCGGUGGAUGGACCCUGUGGCUCUUGAAGCUUCUCUUGGCACGCACGACCGAGUACGGCAGCAGGACGCUGGUUCAUGCGGGGUCUUCGGGUGCCGAUACGCACGGCAAGUACAUGUCUGACUGCGGUAUCGAGGAGCCGUCGCCGUUUGUGAGAAGUAAGGAGGGCAAGGAGGCGCAAGAUCGUGCCUGGAAUGAGUUGGUUAAGAAGCUGGAGGCGAUCAAGCCUGGUGUUACGGGCAAGAUCUGAUUUUCGGUGAUGAUAUUCGGUCUCAAUGAGUUCAUGUUUUUUUUUUAGCUGUUUGUCGGCCUAGUCUCUAGAGGAUUCCCCAAUGUAGUAAUGCUACGAAUCGUUAAUCACAUCAUCUUCAUGGUGAAACAUUACC